AUGGAUCCCUCCUCGUCACCCCCACCGGCAUACUCAGAAAUGCCUCCAGUACCACCAAGAAAGCCAGUCAACUCUUCUGUUCCAGCUACAUACCAAUCACCACCUUCAUUACCAUCUUCUUCAGGGCCAUAUAUGUCAAUAUCAUCCUCAACCUCAGCUCCAGGGCAGUGGCUCGGGCCAGAUCCACGAUCUUCAUCUACUCAGUCUUUGUUACCAGACACCUCUCUAGACAACCUGUCCACGCCUCAUGGAGAUUUUCUAGGGCGUCGAAAACUGCUCAUCAUUUAUAUUCAUGGGUUUCUGGGUAAUGACCAAUCGUUUCGAUCGUUUCCUGCUCAUGUCCAUGCCUUACUCGCCAACCUCCUCGCAGACUCUCAUGUCAUCCAUUCAAAGAUAUAUCCACGCUACAAGACUUAUCGCUCUGUAGAUGUUGCUCGUGAUAAUUUUAGCGAAUGGCUUCGCCCUCACGAAUCACCUACAACAGAUGUCAUCCUCGUCGGCCACUCCAUGGGUGGUAUCCUGGCUGCUGAUGUUGUUCUCAUGCCCAACCCAGAUCCACAUGGAACUUACCCUUUGAAGCAUCGAAUCAUCGGCCAUGUAUCUCUAGAUUGCCCAUUCAUUGGUCUUCAUCCAGGCAUCGUUGUGUCUGGCAUAUCCAGUCUAUUCAAACCAGCACCUACACCACCUCCAGAUGAUGAUCAAGGGACUGCAGUUCCUGGCAGCCCUGAGACUUCAAGUCUAGCAGACCCCAGUGUCUCUUCGUUGUAUCUCACAAACUCUGAGAGCUCCGGUCUAGGAUCAUCGACCAGUAUUCCUUCAGUGGCAUCCUCUUCCCGGCCUCCACGCGAUCAACUUCAGAACCAGCCCUUCUUCAAUCAACCUUUCUUCAACGAUUCAGGCCUGCAAGAACGACCCUUUGUCCAAAGGAUGUUUCAUUUUGCCAACAAGUAUCGUAACGAGAAUCUGAUACAAGCUGCUGCUAGACAUAUCUUCUCAUACCUCGAGUUUGGCAGUUGUCUAGCUGAUCCGGCAGGACUCGAGGCACGAUACAGCAACAUUCGUGCCCUUGAGGAUGUUGACGAGUUCCAGCCAGGAGACAUAAAACCAGGGUCGUCUCAGCGCAUGGCGAGGGUACGCUUCGUUAACUACUACACUCUAUGUACCGGCCGUCCAAAACCACCCAAAGAUACCCCCAAGGUGGGUAGCCCUCGAUCAGAGAAUCCAACUUCUCCAGAGGCAGGUCUCAAUUUAUCACAAAGUUCAGCGUCUUCCUCGUCUGUCGAGCUAGACUUUUCGCCAAACAGAGUGAACACCGAGGACGCAAACCACCUGUACGCGCGCCAAGAGAGUCCUAUGCCGAGUAUCACUUUGGAGCACCGUGAUACAAUGGGCAACUCCAAAAAUCAUCAAACGCUACUAGAUGCAGAGACCAAAACUUUGAACGCCCACGCAUCAAGCACCACGAUCAAAGGCAGCUCCUCUCGUGAAGAUGAGUCGGUUACUUCUGGCAUGAACCGACUUUCCAUGCACAGCAUAGACCCCACCCCCAUCGACGAGGACAUCACUUCCCCACCACCUCAAGAUACCAUUUCCCCUACACCACAAGACCAAGAUCCUAUCGCUUCUGUAGAGUCGAAUGAUGCAGAGCCACAGAAAGUAGAUGCUGACCUACCUCCCCUCCCGGACCCCCCUAUAGUCCCUGAGUUUCCCGAUCCAAGUCUAUAUACCGAGAAAGACGAGCGCAAGCAAGUGGAACGUGAGGUUAAGCGUCUACGUCGUGCUUAUGAUAACGCCGUAAAGGACCAUGCCAAAGCCAUACGAGAACGCGAGAAACUCGUCGAGAAGCGUCAAAAGCGUGCGCAAAAGGAGUCUGAGAAGGCGCUCAAGGAAGCAGCUCGUCGAGAAAAAGAUGCUUUAAAGGAGUCUCAGAAGAAAGAGAAGGACGCCGAGAAGGAGCAACAACGUCAAGCUUCUGAGCGAGAAAAGCAAGCUCAAAACGAACUUGAUGGAGACGAAGAUUACCAGCAGUUCAAAGCAAAAGAAGAGGAAAGUCAACGGGAAGCAGAAGCUGAGGCUGUGGCAGAGGCCCGUGGUCUCAAGUCAGGAAAACCAAAAAAGCUGCGCAAGUUCUGCAACUUGCCUACAAAAGGCGGCAGAGUUGAAGAUCCAGCAUGGGUCGAUAUCUACAUGGCAGAUGUGGACGAGGUUGGCGCACACUGUGGUCUGUUCUUCUCAGGGUCGCAUUAUGAGAAGUUGGUUGGGGAUGUCAGUAAUCGGAUCGUGGGUUGGGUUCAAGAUGACUUGACCAAAAGGACAAUUCAGGAUAUGGGCAUGUGA